AUGGCAUUCCGAGCACCGUUAGCCAAUUUGACACGACACUUUGCUACACAUACAGCCGCUACUGUGCGGCUACAGCAAGCACAGCUGAAGCGCAACAUUUUCACUCCUGCAUGGAAUCAUACACGUAUUGCCUCAACUACUGUUCCUCGGUCAUUCUUGGCUUCGCAGCAACAGCAAGUUCGCACCAUGUUUAUACAAACGGAACCGACACCCAACGAUGACUCGCUGAAAUUCAUUCCCGGCGUCCCCGUCAUGGGCAGCGGCACCGCCGAGUUCUUAGACACACGAACCGCCAUGAAAUCGCCACUCGCCAAAACACUAUUUCAAAUCGACGGUAUUGGAGGCGUAUUUUUUGGCCCUGACUUUGUUACGAUAUCCAAAGAGUCCACAGCCGAAUGGCAAUUGAUGAAACCCGACAUUUAUGCUGCCAUCAUGGAUCAUUUCAGUUCCGGACAACCUAUAGUGUUUGAUGCCAACGAUUUGGCAGCAUCCGACACUGCGAUCCAUGAAGACGAUUCAGAAGAAGUCCAGAUGAUCAAAGAGCUGUUGGACACGCGGAUCCGGCCUGCGAUCCAGGAGGAUGGUGGUGAUAUCGAAUACUGUGGGUUCGAGGGCGGUAUUGUCAAACUCAAGCUCAAGGGCAGCUGUCGUGGCUGUGACAGUGCGGUGGUCACGCUCAAGAACGGCAUCGAGAAUAUGCUGAUGCAUUAUAUUCCAGAAGUCGAAGGCGUGGAGCAGGUCAUUGGUGAAGAGGAAGGCAUUGCUCUGCAAGAGUUUGAAAAGCUCGAGCAAAAGCUGGGCGAGAAAUAA